GGUGGUCGCUUACGGUGAAUGGCAUUUUUGUAAAGCAGAAGAAGAAGGAGAAAAAUAAAUAUAUUUUUGACAGUAAAAUUUUGACAUUAGUCUUUUAAACAAUUUCACUUUUAUUGUUUAGUCAUCAUGUUAUAUUAAGGAAGUUUCCUGUUUUGUCUAGAAUAUUUUGUCACAAUUCUUACAUACUUUAAAUAGCAGCAAUCUACCUAGUAGGCAGUUAGUUUUAAAAUGGAGUUUCCACACCUCGGUCAACACUGCAACGAAUCCACCUGCAAUCGCUUAGAUUUCCUGCCAUUUAAAUGUGAUUCGUGUAUUAAGGUAUUUUGUUCGACACACUUUAAUUAUGAUAACCACUCGUGCAUGGGUCCACGUCGUAAGGAUAUGCAAGUACCCAUUUGUCCAUUGUGUGGUGAGCCAGUACCCACAGCGCCAGGUGUCGAACCUGAUAUAACAGUGGGUCGCCAUAUUGACCAACAGUGCAAAUCUGACACAAAGAAAAUUUAUACAAAUCGUUGCAGCUAUAGAAACUGCAAAAAAAAAGAACUUAUUCCAGUUACUUGUAGAGAAUGUAAAAAAAAUUAUUGUUUGCGUCAUCGGCACACUACAGAUCACGAAUGUAACAAUGCAUCUGGUGUAAACGUAGAUCAGCGUGCUUUAGCAGCUACUGCCGCCGAAUAUCGUCGCACAAAUAAGCCAACUUCAUUGUUCAACGCACAGCCAAAACGAAAUGUAGUACCAAUUGGCACACAAGUGCAAAAUAUUCAAGGAAAUAUGACAGAGGAUGAAGCGUUGGCGCGGGCACUCGCUUUAUCGAUUAUGGAAUUAGACGAAAGUGCGGAUCGGGAACGUCGCAAUCAAGCUGCUGCGAAUUCUUCAGUACAAGCCAAUGCUACAGUACGUGUAGGCGGUCGUGAUGGACAAACAACAAAUGUCAAGGACAAAUGUUUACUCUCGUAGUAUGGGUUCGACGAAUUGUUAGAAUUUAAUGUUUUACAGGCUGUAUAAGAUUUAGUUUAUAAAAUCUAACAUACUAUUAAUAUUUAGGGGUUUUAUUUGCGGCAUUUAAUGAAUGAAUAUUAAAAUUGUAAUGUUUUGCAAGAUGCCAGUGCGCAUUAGCAGUUAAUACAAAAAUGUUUAAGAAUUUAAAACACUCUUUAAAUAAUUACGUGGUGCACCGGUGUAUAUACAUUACAGAUUUUGGUGUUCAGUUAGUAAAGAUGCCUGUUUCUUUAUAAUUUGUAAUUAAGCUAAUAGUAGUGGAGUUAAAUUUAGCAGACUAUAAUGAUGAGGCGUUGUCCUCUGUAGCGAGUCAUUGUUGUACUUGAUUUACAAAUUGUAGUUGUUCGUUUUAAAUAAAAUAGAUGCUUAUAUAUUAAAAUAAAUUCA